AUGGCGCUCUCACAAUCUGCGGGAAAUUCUACCAAUGCGUCCUUCAAGGACAAGGAGAAGCCAAUGGCUGUGCGGGCUGCAAAUAUUAUGGCUGCGAGAGCUUUGGCCGAUGCAGUACGGACAUCCCUCGGUCCUAGAGGAAUGGACAAGAUGAUCCAGUCAGGGCGUGGGGAGACAAUAAUUACAAACGACGGUAGCACGAUGUUGAAGAGCAUGGCAGUUAUGCACCCUUCGGCGAAGAUGUUGGUCGACCUUUCAGCAGCGCAGGAUGUCGAGGCAGGAGAUGGAACGACUUCGGUUGUAGUAAUUUGUGGAAGUCUACUCGGGGCUGCGGAUAGGUUACUCGGAAAGGGCAUACAUCCAUCAGUCAUCGCAGAGGCUUUCCAAAGAGCAGCAGCAGCAGCAGUACAGGUCCUCCAUGAUAUGUCACAUCCAGUCUCUCUAAACGAUACGACCGCCCUCCUCCAAGCAGCUACCACCUCUCUUUCCUCCAAAAUCGUCUCGCAACAUUCGAACAUCUUGGCUCCUAUGGCUGUGAAUGCAGUUACAAAGACCAUCGAUAUCAAGACUGCGGAUAACGUCGACUUGAAGAACAUUCGCAUAUUGAAAAAGGUUGGAGGAACGAUCGAGGACACUGAGAUGGUAGAAGGUUUAGUGUUGGAGCAGCCAGUUCUCAAGAGCGGUGGUGGCCCAGUCAGAAUGGAGAAGGCCAAAAUUGGUCUUAUCCAGUUCCAACUUUCUCCUCCCAAGCCAGACAUGGAAAAUCAAAUCGUUGUCAACGACUAUCGCCAAAUGGACAAGAUCCUGAAGGAAGAGCGCACCUACCUCCUCAACAUGGUCAAGAAGAUCAAGAAGGCAAAGUGCAAUGUUCUCUUCAUUCAAAAGUCCAUCCUCCGUGACGCCGUCAAUGACCUCUCCCUCCACUUCCUCGCCAAACUCAACAUUCUCUGCAUUAAAGAUAUUGAGCGUGACGAGGUCGAAUUUAUAUGCAAAUCCACCGGCUGCAAGCCCAUUGCCGACAUCGACUCUUUCACCGAAGACAAGCUGGGAAGCGCUGAUCUUAUUGAGGAAGUCCAAAGCAGCGGAUCCAGAAUCGUCAAGGUCACGGGAACCAAGAGUGCAGGCAAGACCGUCAGCAUUGUAUGCAGAGGUGCCAAUUCUCUUAUCCUGGACGAGGCCGAGCGCAGUUUGCACGAUGCCCUUUGCGUCAUCCGAUGCUUGGUCAAGAAGAAAGCGUUAAUUGCUGGUGGUGGAGCUGCCGAGAUUGAGAUUGCUUCGCAAUUGGCGAGACAAUCACGGGCUUUGAAGGGUACCGAGGCGAUUUGCUGGAAGGCAUUUGCUGAUGCCAUGGAAGUCAUCCCCACGACCCUUGCCGAGAACGCUGGAUUGAACAGUAUUAAGGUUGUCACGGAGCUGAGAUACAAGCACGAGAACGGCGAGAAGAAUGCUGGUGUUAGCAUCAAGACUGGUGGCGUGAAGAUUGACAUUGCCGAUGAGAACGUAUUGCAGCCUCUGUUGGUCAGCACGAGUGCGGUGGAGUUAGCGGCCGAGACGGUGAAGAUGAUUCUAAGAAUUGAUGAUAUUGCCUUGUCGAGGUAG